AUCGAAAAAGGAAGCACAUUUCGCAGUAAACUGAAUUAAAAGAAACUAAAAAUGGCGGCAGUUUCAGGUGUAGCGUCUUAUCUUCUCCACCGAAUUCUUCACCGGAAAACUCCAUCGCCACCGUCGGCGUGUUUUCUCAAACCCCUUAUUCUAGUUUCCACAAUUUCGUUCUCUAAGAACUUACCCAAAUACUCCAUUGGAGGGCUCUCACCUCGUCCCCAUGAGAGCACCACAACAGUUUCCCAUUCUCAUAUCUCUCCUUGGCUUUCUCCUCCUUCCGUCUAUUCCUCAAGUGGGUCUCUAUCCAUAUCUGUAGAAGAAGAUGAAGAUGACAUUGAUGAUGAAGAAGAAGAAGAAACCGAAGAGCUUGAAAUUGAAGAUUACAAUGAUGUUGAGGAGAAGGAAGAGAGUGAGGAUAAGAGCGAUAAAUUGAAUUUAGCGGAAGAAUCUAAAGUGGGUUUGAGCUCUUUGCGUGUGAGGACUCAUGGGAUGAAGCUACCGAGUCUUACAAUUAAGGAAAAGAAGGAGCUUUCGUCUUACGCUCACAGCUUAGGGAAGAAGCUGAAAUCUCAGUCGGUGGGGAAAUCCGGUGUUACUGCUAGUGUUGCCACUUCUUUUGUGGAGAAUCUUGAAUCAAAUGAACUUCUUAAGAUUAAAAUACACAGGACAUGUCCCGGGGAGCUAGAUGAUGCAGUGAAGCAAUUGGAGGAGCUAACUGGUUCGGUAGUUAUUAGUAAUAUUGGUAGAACAGUUAUUCUUUACAAACCUAGCCUCACAAAGAUGAAAGCAGAGGAGAAAAAGAAGGAGAAUAUGAAGAUUUUCAUGAGGAGGAAACUUAGAAGAGCUACUAGACCCCCAUUUCAGAAAGAAGCAAGACCAGCAAUUUCUAGCCGUGGAAGACGGGGAAGUAGCAGGUCUUAGAGCAUUUGACCAUGGUGAUUUGGCUUCUCUUUGAAAUGUAAGUGAGUAGUAGUUCUCUGAGUGUUGUUAAUUGUAUCUUAUGUUCUAUGAAUGUCAAAUUUUGGUUAAAAGUCAAUCUAAAUUUUAAAAGAUUAGUAGAAA